UCUCUUGGUGCAAACACUGUUCGCUCGUGGCAACGUCCAGAGCCCUGCUGUCUAAUUUUUCAAAACAAACAGUUGCAAUUGUCGUUCGCAAUGUGACGAUGGAUAGACGAGCCUGAAAAGCAGGUAAAGAGGACACUCGCCAGCCUGCAUACCCAGAACUGACGAUAACGACAGGACCGAAAACCAGGUCACCUUGAAAACAUAUCAGGUUACUGAGUCAGUCAUGGUUAAAGGCUUUCAUCAGUUUCUGGCUUGAAGGCCUCACAGCAACUGUGAAAAAUCAUGAAAUCGUACUGAAAACGUACACUUGAACAAAUCUUUGGACAUUCAGUAGAGUGAUACUAAGAACAGAGCCAUGGAUUGCCCCGGCCAAGGACAGAAUCUUUACACAAACUCCACUAACUCUACAUCAGCGUGUACGGACGCUGACAUACUGGCGGGAAAUACUAACUGUACCAACGUCACCGAUGCCAAUUCGUCAGGCUUGGACUUUCCCAUACCGGUCUUUACUUACUCAACUAAAGUCCGCGUCUCAGUAACCUUCAUCCUGGUGUUCAUCUCACUUGUGGGGAAUCUCAUCGUCUUCGUCACGAUGUUCCGAAAUCGCGCCAGGAAGUCUCGCGUGAACUUCCUCAUCAUGCACCUGGCCGUGGCCGACAUCGUCAUGACGUUAAUCGUGAUGCCGCUAGAUGGCGUCUGGAACCUCACGGUGCAGUGGUACGCCGGGGAGGCCGCUUGUCGCAUCCUGCUGUUCCUGAAGAUGUGGGCGCUGUACGCGUCUACCUUCAUCCUGGUGGUCAUCAGCAUUGACCGCUGUACGGCCAUCCUGCGCCCCCUGAGUAUGACGGACGCCUACAAGAGAUGCAAGAUCAUGGUCAUGCUGGUCUGGGUCAUCGGAGGCAUCCUCAGCAUUCCUCAGCUCUUCAUCUUCCAUCUGGUGACGCCCGUGCCGACGUUCACGCAGUGUGCGACGCACGGGGUGUACAGCGCCCCCUGGCAGGAGCCGCUGUACAACAGCUUCCACUUCGUCAUGGUCUUCAUCCUGCCUCUGGCCAUCAUGAUCACGUGUUACCUCCUCAUCCUGGCCGAGAUCUCUCGCAAGCACCGCGAGCUGACGGAUCCACUUGUCCGGGAGGAGGGCCACAGACUCCGUCACUCCGGUGCAGACCGCAUGGCCAAGGCCAAGGAGAAGACCUGGCUGAUGACCUUCGUCAUCGUGUCGGCCUUCGUCAUCAACUGGUCUCCGUAUUACGUCCUGAUGAUCUGGUUCAUGGUGGAUCGGUGCAUCGUCUGGACCGUCCCGCAAGGGGUGAGCGACGCCCUCUACAUCUUCGGCCUGACCAACCCCUGCCUCGACCCGCUCAUCUACGGCCUGUUCUCCAUCAACUUCGUGCGGGAGUUCCGCCGCUGCUGCGGCUGGCUGAAGCGGAAGGAUUUCGUGACCAGAGACAGCACCUUCGGAACCACGGUCGUCAGCCGAGUCGACACCGUCGCCAUUCCGCUGCGAUCGGUGAAGACCACUCGUAACGGAACAUCAACGUCAGUGCUGAACAGUGAAGAGAUUCAGAAACUAAGGUGUCUGCUGGAGGCAGACGAGGGACUACAGACGUACCACUACGGACGUGACGAUGGGGAGGGGGGCCGCACCAAACUCGCCCUGUGGCACAAGCUUGGGAACGACAUCACCGGCGUCGUGACCAGGGUAGAAAAAGUGGCGGGAACGAUGGAGCAGACAGCCAUGGCUAUUUUGUUUACAUUUCUCUCUGGCUCAGACUACAGGUUUUCAGACGACUUCAGAGUAACGGAUUCCGUGAAGGCAGACUUCGAUAAGAACGGGUACAUCAUACUCAGGUCAGUGCUGAAUGGUGAUGAGAUUCAGAAACUAAGGUGUCUGCUGGAGGCAGACGAGGGACUACAGACGUAUCACUACGGACGGGACGAUGGGGAGGGGGGCCGCACCAAACUUGCCCUGUGGCACAAGCUUGGGAACGACAUCACCGGCGUCGUGACCAGGGUAGAAAAAGUGGCGGGAACGAUGGAGCAGCUUCUAGGUGGAAAAGUAUAUCACUAUCACUCCAAAGUAGUGAUGAAGGAGGCUCGUACCGGCGGGGCGCACAUCUGGCACCAGGACUACGGCUACUGGUACGUGAACGGGUUCAUGUUCCCUGACAUGGGCACGGUGCUGAUCGCUGUGGACAAGGCGGACAGGCAAAAUGGAUGUUUGAAGAUCCUGCCGGGGUCUCACAGAGCCGGCCGUAUCGACCAUGUCCGUGUAGGAGACCAGGCUGGCGCCGACGUGGAGCGCGUGGACCAGCUGGAGAAGGCACUUGGCCUGAGGUACGCCGAACUUGAGCCCGGAGACGCCAUCUUCUUUCACUGCAAUCUGCUGCACAGGAGUGAUCAGAACCGCAGUGACCGCCGCAGAUGGGCGUUCUUGAUUGCCUACAACCGUGCCGACAACUUGCCCGUGUGUGAACAGUACAUCCCGGAUCCGGAGCAAACCACGCUGGAGAAGCUGCCCAACACCGCAGUCCUGGAGUGUCCGUCUGUGAUAGACUCAGCCGGGAGGGACUUCUUCAAGCUGGAGAACGACUUCGCCGUGAGAGUCCUGGACAAGGAUGUGCAGCCUUAGCUUGAUGAUUCUUAGUGUGCUUAAUCCAAACUCUACCCGUUCAAAAACAUCUGUUGGGGGGACUGAAAGAUGUUCAGCUACAAGAAGCUACAAAUCCGAAACGACAGCCCAUUUAUUCACUGUCACUGAGCAGCAGAUACCACAUCAGAAAGAAAUGCUUCUCAGUCCACAAGGAUUUUCAAUAAGCCCUCGCUGCUUAGUGGUACAACCAAUCACCAAACCAACGCAACCAAGUUUGGCAAGAUUGUAAUUUGGAUGCUUAACUACAUUUCUGGAGUCAUAAAUGUCAGUAUGAAAAGUUCAUCUAAGGACAGGUGUUCAACCAUCCGACAUGAAAUCAAUCCAUCAUGUCUGAACGUGGUGACAGGAACGUGGCAGGUCGAUUAUAGCAAGUCUGUCGCUUAGAACCUUGACAAGUCACAUACACGUCGUGACUGUCAAGCAGCACACACUAUUCAUCAGCGUGACGGGGGGUGCAGGUACACGACAGUACUGUCACAGUGUCAAACGGAUGAUGUGACAUUUUAUAAAUGGUAGUAACAAGUGUCCGUGGUGACUGUGCUGUGCAUUCUGAGCACGUAGACUGUAGUAGUGAGUAUUAAAUGCAGUGCCGUGUCCUGCCGAGUUUACUUAUUACACGUCGUGGUUCCCUAUAUUUACAACUUUGAUCGCUCCCUCAUCACCGGAGUUAUCAUAAUCACAUCUGAUUGCACCUCAUCCUACGUUGCAUAAAAUGACUUGAUGAGUACUUUCUAUCUUUUUUUUUUUUUCAACUUAUGAUAUUUCUCGGUCGUUUGGAGAUACCAACGGCAUGCAAUUUCCGGUGCCGUCACUUGAAUAGCUUUCGGACUGAUAUUGAUCGACGUUUGAUGUCCCCUUACAUACAUGUCCAGCUCAUUGAUUGUCCAAGGUCCGCAUGGUUGGGUAUGCCGAACUUAAGUAGGACAGGCAGUG